GAGGGUAUAAUAUACGUUUGAAUAAGGCCCAGGAAGCAAGCUUAAUAUAGUAUAUAGAUAUAUAUAUCGAGAGGAAUUACCCUUUGCGAUAUGAUAUGGUUACUGCGGUAGCUAUAUCAAUUUUGAAGGCUACGGGUCAAAUACUCUCUCCUGCGGACCGAAUUAGAGAUAUAUAGGCCCUUCGUUAGGUAGAAAAACAGAGGAAAUUAGGCCGGUACUAUAUAGUUUGUACUAAGCCUAUAGACUAUAAAAGAAAGGAUACUCUUACCCCCGAAAUUGUUACGAAGUACUUUAAUAAUCUAAAGGCCGUAAAGGAGAAGUAUAAUAUCUACGAGGGUAAUUAAUAUAAUAUAGACGAGAUUGGAUUCCGGGUAGGAUAUAUGCGAAAUACUACUAUAAUUACUCAUAAGAAUAUAAAGCAUAUAAUUCAGGUAUUUAUAAAGGAUCCUAUACGAAGAGAGCUAGUUAUAGCUAUAGAGUAUAUAUCUACCAGUUUCUGGGAGCUUGAUCCAUUUAUUAUUAUACCAGAUAGCAUAUUUAUACAGAAGCAUUUUAAUAAUAAUCUAGCCCCAAACGUCAAAAUCGCAACCUCUGAAAAUGGAUAUACGGACGACAAGCUAGCCUAUAAGUGGCUAUGGCAUUUCCACUACCAGACUAAGUUAUAAGUCAAGGGCAGAUAUCGUCUUCUAAUAUUUGAUAGAUACGGAAGCCAUAUAAUAUACGAAUUUAUCCAAGCUAUAGAGUCUUUGGAUAUUAUCUAUUUCUGUCUAAUUAUAUACUCUAUAUACCUGUAUUAACUAUUGGAUAUUACGUAUUUCCAGCAGGAGAAGCACUGGUAUUCAAGAGCAAUUAAAGACGAGGUUCGUAAGGGUAGAAACAACUUUACGAAAAUGACUUUCCUAUAAGCUCUAGCUUUUACUAAAAAGAAUAUAUGUUCGGCUUUCACAAAAACUGGUAUUUACCCAUUUAACCCCGAUAUGGUUUUA